AUGACGACCGUAUCUUUGAUUUGGGGGAUUGUCAUAGCAGUAUGCUGUGGUUUAUGGCUUAUUCUUGGAAUGAGGAGAAGACAAAUGGGCGAACCCCCUCUGGAGAAUGGAUUGAUUCCCUACCUGGGAUGUGCUCUCCAAUUUGGUGCUAAUCCUCUUGAGUUCCUGAGAGCAAGUCAGAAGAAACAUGGCCCUGUUUUCACCUGCAGAUUGAUGGGGAACUAUGUCCACUUCCUUACAAAUCCCUUGUCAUACCAGAAGGUGCUGUGCCAUGGGAAGUACUUGGACUGGAAAAAGUUUCACUUCACUACUUCUGCAAAGGUGUUUGGACACAGAAGCAUCGACCCGAGUGAUGGAAAUACCACUGAAAACAUAAACAAAACUUUCAUCAAAACCCUGCAGGGCGAUGCCUUGAAUUCGCUCACGGAAGCCAUGCUGGAGAACCUCCAACUGGUCAUGCGACAUCCGCUGGGGGCUCAAUCGAAGACGCCUGCGUGGGGGACAGAAGGGAUGUAUUCCUUCUGCUACCGAGUGAUGUUUGAGGCUGGGUAUUUAACUCUCUUUGGCAAAGAUCUUACAGGGCAAGACGCCCAGAAAGCACUUAUUCUCAAUAAACUUGACCACUUCAAGCAGUUUGACAAAAUCUUCCCGGCUCUGGUAGCAGGCCUCCCCAUUCACGUGUUCAAGACCGCACACCACGCUCGGGAAAAACUGGCAGAGGGCUUGCGACACGAGAACCUCGGAAAGAGAGACCACAUCUCAGAGCUGGUCAGGUUUCUGAACGACAUGCUUUCCACCUUAGACGACGUGGAGAAGGCUAAGACACACCUCGCAGUCCUCUGGGCAUCGCAAGCAAACACCAUCCCGGCGACUUUCUGGAGCCUAUUUCAAACCAUCAGGAGCCCUGAAGCAUUGAGAGCAGCUACUGAAGAAGUGAAUAAAACACUAGAAAAUGCUGGCCAAAAAAUCAGCUUGGAAGGCAGUCCUAUUUGUCUGAAUCAAAUGCAACUGAAUGACAUGCCUGUGUUAGAUAGUAUCAUCAAGGAGUCUCUGAGGCUUGCCAGCGCCUCCCUGAACAUCCGGACUGCUAAAGAAGAUUUCACUUUGCAUCUCCAGGACGGUUCCUAUAACAUCCGCAAAGAUGACAUCAUUGCCCUCUAUCCGCAGCUAAUGCAUUUAGAUCCAGAAAUCUACCCAGACCCUUUGACUUUUAAAUACGAUCGAUAUCUUGAUGAAAAUGGGAAGACGAAGACCGCCUUCUACAGUAACGGAAUCAAGUUAAAGUAUUACUACAUGCCCUUUGGGUCGGGAGCCACCAUUUGUCCCGGAAGACUAUUUGCUGUGCAGGAAAUCAAGCAGUUUUUGAUUCUGAUGCUCUCCUAUUUUGAACUAGAGCUUGUGGAGAGUCGUGUUAAAUGUCCCCCUUUGGACCAGUCCCGCGCAGGCUUGGGCGUUUUACCACCAUUGAAUGAUAUUGAGUUUAAAUAUAAAUUCAAACAUUUGUGA